AUGCAGGAGGCCGAACAGCCUACAGAGCUCCUUUCGCGGGCAAACUAUGCUGCAUUGACAAAGCUGAAUCAGCAGCAAGGGCAGCACGGGAAGCCGGGCGGAGGUGGUAGCGGAGGUGGGCGGUCAGCGAAGGACGUCAACGAGAAGCGGUCGACGCGGGACAAGGGUCGACGAGGUGGUGGUCGACGGCGGGAGUGCUGGAUCUGCGGCGACCCCGACCAUCUCUCCUUCGAGUGCCCCAACCACAAUGACAGCGAUGAGGAUGACAACCAGGGAGGUCGUGGUCGAUCGGCCAGUCAUCGCCCCCAUCGAGAUGAGAAGCCGCACAAGGAGAAGCAAGCGUCGAAGAAGACGUCGUUGACGAAGAACAUUGAUAGCUCCAGUGGCAAGAGCCGAGGCGACGAGGAGGCGUCGUGCUCGAUGGUCGGCGUGGUGGAGCCGACUGUCUUGCUGGCGCCGGAGGCUGGCAAAGACUUCCAGGCGGUGGCGGCAGGUGUGCAGGCCAACCCGAUGGCAGUGCUGCUCGACAGCGGGUGCUCCCACCACAUGAUGGGGACGAAGUCGGUCUUCGUCGACAUGGGGCCAAGCAACGGGGUGAAGCACGUGCGUGGGUUCAACGGGGCAUUGCAGCCUGUCGAGGGUCGCGGAACCGUCGCUCUGCAAGGGGAGGCCAGGAAGCGGGUCCUCAUCCCCGACGUACUCUACGUUCCGGGCAUACAGGCGAACCUUCUGUCUGCUGGCCAGCUGAAGGAGAGCGGAGUACAGUUGCAGGGCGACGGCGACAAGAUGCUGCUCGCCGCUGCGAGCGGGGAGGUACUCGAUCGAGCUCGCUACACCGAACGGGUACUCUGCACCGACCUUCGCCCCUGCUCGACGCAGCCGUCGUCGACCGAGGUGGUGGCUUUGCGGACGAUCGUCUCGGCGACGAAGACGACCCCCGAUAGGAUGCAUGCGCGGCUCGCACACGUCAGCGUCGACACGAUCAAGAGCUCGGCAAAGCAUGAUGUUGCUGAUGGGCUCGACAUCACGUCGUCGACCGGAGCAGACUCGCCGUGUGUCUCGUGCGUCGGAGGAAAGCUGGCGCGGCACACCUUCCCCGCCAAGGGCUCGGACGCAGCGGAGGCGCUAGCUGUCGUGCACAUUGACAUGUGCGGGCCAUUUCGGGUGGCUGCCAAAGAUGGCAGCUUGUACUUCCUGUUGCUGAAGGAUCGCCAUACUCGAUUUGUGUGGGCAAUGCCGGUCGCUAAGAAGAGCGACGUGCUGCGGGAGUUCCGGCGGUGGCAGUUCCUGGUUCCUGACCAGCAGCCCAGUGGGAAGCUGGCGCCAAAGGCUCGCUGGGGGCUUCACCUGGGUGUGUCGCCGGAGAGCAAGGGCUGGGAGGUGCUCGACCUGACCGACAACAAGGUGGUCACGUCAGUCGAGGUGAUCUUCUACGAGACGUUGUUGCUUGAGGUGUGGAAGGCGACGUAUGGGUCGGCGUCAGAGCGGAUGCAGGCGUACCCACCGACGGACACCUCGACGGCGACGAUUCCGCUGCUCGCCAAAGUCGACGAGUCUGCUGUUGAGGAUGUUGUGGAGGUUCUUCCCCCUCCCCCUGUCCUUGCUCCUCCGUUCCCCGUCGAAGAUCGGCCUGGGCCGGCACCUGUGUCGACCACCGACGAUGAGGGGAGCCUUGAGGCGUCGCCUGUGGCGCCAGCCCAUGGCAUCGCCGGCGGUCGACAAGGCGUCAAGCUCGUCAACCAGAAUGGGAAGCCGUCGGCGACAGAGGAGCAGCAAACAGGGGAGCCGAUCGAACAGGAGGUAACAGCAGCGGUGCAGCCAACGGGGGAGCAACAGCCGGGGCGGCCGACAGGGGAGCUGUCGAAGUCAGCAUCAGACGAGCAGCCGGUCGAAGGGUCGAAGCAGCUGGUCGACGACGAGGACGUCGAUGAGGAAGGGGAGCAGUCGGCGGGUGAGGAGUCAACCGAAAGCGACGUGGUGGAAGUGCGGAUCACGAAGCCUGAGCUGCGACGCAGAGGUCGAGCUCGACGGCCAUCGGAGCGGCUGAGCUUCCUUGCCUACCUACCGCCAGCUGCCUUCACCACGGUGUUCGACGAGGUCGACGACGACCUGUUGUACGAUGACGCCGAGGAGGAUGAAGACCUGCCGGAGCUCGACCCCGAACACCGCUGGGACAUCGCCACGAUGACGGUGAAGGAGGCGCUGUCGAGCCGGAAGGGCGAAGCGGUGAAGGCCGCCAUGAAAGAAGAGAUUUGCAGCCUCAUCGGCAUGGGCACUUGGGAGCUGGUUGAACGCCCACGUGGGGUGAACAUCAUGAAGAACCGGUGGGUGCUGACGACCAAGUACCGCAUUGACGACACCGUCGAGCGCGAGAAGGCGGGGCUGGUCGUGAAGGGCUUCACGCAGGUGUACGGUGCCGACUACGACAAGGCGUACUCGCCGGUGAGCAGCUACGUCACGCUGAGGAUCUUCCUCAGCAUCGUUGCCGUCCUCGACCUCAACCUGAUGCAGCUCGACAUGAAGAACGCUUUCCUGAAGAGCAAGCUCGAUCGGGUGCUCUACAUGUACCAGCCGGACUACUUCGACGACGGGACCGGCCGGGUGUGUAAGCUCCUGAAGAGCCUCUAUGGGCUGAAGCAGUCUCCGCUGCUAUGGUACAAGGCUCUCGACGAGCCAGGUCGACGAGGCGCCCAGCUGCUGGGCGCUAGCUGGAAGAAGAGCCAGGUCGACGAGGCGCUCUACUUCAAGGCCGGCGACGACAAAUACCUUGGGCUGGAGAUCAUGCGCGACAGGUCGGCCAGGAAGCUGUGGCUGCACCAGCAGGGCUACGCCGACAAGCUGCGCAGGCGCUUCAUCAACGAGGAGCAGGGCGGUCCAGUCCCGAAGAUGCCGGUCUCAGUCGACGCCUACGCUCAGCUGACGUUCGACGACGAGGAGGCUCAAGAGCGCGAAGAGGAGGAGUAUCGGCAGAAGGUCGGCUCGCUGCAGUUCGCGGCAACGACGUCGAGGCCGGACAUUGCGUUCGCCUGCAACAAGCUGGGGAGCGGCCUCACGGUGAGGAGCGACCAGCAUUGGCGCGAGGUUGACCACUGCCUCGCCUACCUUGCUGAUACCCGCGACACCGCCCUGGAGCUUGGUGGUGGACCAGAAUUGCUGGAGCUGAUCGGCUACGUGGAUGCAGACGAUGCGGGCAACAAGCAGAACCGGACGAGCACGGGAGGCUACGUGUUUGUCUACGAAGGUACCGCCGUCUCCUGGUCGAGCUCGCGCAUCAAGUGCGCGACAUUGUCAUCAACCGAGUCGGAGUACGUGGCGGCCACAGAUGCCGGCAAGGAGGGGCGUCGACUUCGCUUCCUCCUUGCGUAA